UCACUUGCAAGGGAGUAUUAUUGGAAUGCAUUCUAGCUUGAUAGUUCUAUUUCCAGAGGGAGGAAACCUGAGCAUGGAGGGCUUGAAUGAAGCUGAGAAGAAUGGUUUCCUUAUUACAUCCCUUCACCUUUUUACUUGGCAAAGAAGUCUCAGGUUACCAGACUUGCAAAGGCUCAUAAAGAUGGAGAAAAGGGGUGGGUGACAACAGUUGGCACUCCAGAAGACAAGGCAGACUGGCUAAAGCUGGGAUAAGAACGAGUACAUAUAGCAGUUUCUUCUCUUUGCUGUUUUUAUUCAUUGUGGGUUGGCAAGACGAUGAUUAUUUUCCUCCACAGAGCAGUUUAAACUUGUUCCCACAAUACCCAGGAAAACACAUCUUGCUACAAUGAACACCAGCUUAGCCUUCUAUAUCUUCUGUCUCACCUGCAUUUUCACAAUCGGAAUACUUCAUGGUGCCGAUGCAGCACAAGGGAAGUAUGCCCAACAGCUUUUUAAUGAACUUUUCCAAGACUAUUCAAAUGCUCUCAGACCAGUGGAAGAUACAGAUUCAGUACUGAAUGUCACUCUUCAGAUCACACUUUCCCAAAUAAAAGAUAUGGAUGAGAGAAACCAAAUUUUGGCAGCUUACCUGUGGAUUCGACAAAGUUGGUAUGAUGCCUUUCUGAAAUGGGACAAAGACCAAUAUGAUGGGUUGGACUCUAUUCGGAUCCCCAGCAAUCUUGUAUGGAGACCAGACAUUGUCCUGUAUAACAAGGCUGAUGAUGACUUCUCUGAGCCAGUGAAUACAAACAUCGUUUUGAGAUAUGAUGGAAAAAUUACUUGGGACGCACCCGUUAUAACCAAAAGUUCAUGUGUAGUGGAUGUCUCUUACUUCCCUUUCGAUAGCCAACAGUGCAAUCUUACCUUUGGUUCUUGGACUUACAAUGGCAAUCAGGUAGAUAUAUUCAAUUCUUUAGACAGCGGUGACCUCUCCGACUUUAUAGAAGAUGUGGAAUGGGAGAUUCAUGGCAUGCCAGCUGUCAGGAAUGUGAUAACCUAUGGCUGCUGCUCAGAGCCUUAUCCAGAUGUUACAUUCACCCUGAUUUUGAAAAGGAAGUCAUCUUUCUACAUUUUCAACCUGUUGCUCCCUUGCCUGCUGAUCUCUUUUCUGGCUCCAUUGGGAUUCUACCUUCCAGCGGACUCUGGAGAAAAAGUAUCUCUCGGAGUCACUGUUCUGCUGGCCCUCACCGUGUUUCAGCUUAUGGUUGCCGAAAGCAUGCCUCCUUCUGAAAAUGUACCUUUGAUCGGUAAAUACUACAUCGCCACUAUGACAAUGAUCACAGCCUCCACAGCACUGACAAUCAUCAUCAUGAAUAUUCAUUACUGCGGAUCAGGAGCCAAACCUGUCCCACACUGGGCGAGGGUCGUGAUUUUAGACUACAUGUCCAAGAUCUUUUUUGUUUAUGAUGUUGGUGAAAAUUGCACAAGUUCACAGCAUGCAAAAGGACAAGACCUAAUCUUGAAAAAACCCAAUACGUCCCCCAAAGAGCCAGUACAAUACGAAAGGAAAAGUCAACCAUUGGCUAAUAUCAGGAACCAUGACAGCACCCUGAAAAAGAAGUUCCCAGAAGACGUAAGCAACGGCUAUGACGUCCAAGGGGAAAAUAGUCGGGAUAUUGUGAGCUGCUGCUCCUGUUACCGGAUACUGAUUAAGAAUAUUGAAUAUAUUGCGAACUGUGUGAGACGCCAGAAAGCCAACCAUGCAAAAGGGGUAGAGUGGAAAAAGGUAGCCAAAGUGAUGGACCGUUUCUUCAUGUGGAUUUUUUUUAUUAUGGUGUUUUUCAUGAGCAUUUUGGUUAUGGGCAAAGCUCUUUAAUGGGCAAUAUAUAUUUGGGCUCUAGCUGGACCACCAGAAGUUUUACUGCAAACUUUAGCAAAAGUUUGGAAAAAUUACUUUUUGGGAAAGAUUACAGAAUCCCUAAUCAAUUUAGCCAGUGUGGCCAGAGUAUUCCUGGACCUAUAUGUUCAAAAAAUAGAAUUUAUUUAUUUUUCUCUUUGGAAUUAUAACGGUAUUUCUUUUUUAAAAAACUGAUCUUUGAAAUGUGUAUUUCAAUUCUUCUCAAUAAAUUAUGCUUUUGUUAGG